UGACGUCGGGUACGCGCAUGCGUGGACCGAUCGGGUGAUAAAGCAAGAUGGCGCCUGACGGAGAAGGCCUAAACGCGGGCAUUAUAUUUCUGUAUUCUUACAUAUAUGUUGUUUAAUAGAGUACACACGGUUAAUAAUUGUUUGUAGCAGGAUACAUUAGUCUGAAUGCACUUUGACACUUCUCCUGUUUGCUAGCUUCAUUCAAGGUAGCUUGCAGCUAGUUUAGCUGGCUAGUUAGCUUAGCUUGUUAGCUGCUAACAAAGAGACGCGGAAGUUAUUUAAACAUUGCUAAGUAGGGAACUAAUGUGAGUGUAAAGUGUUGUGAUUGUGUGAAAAUGUGCGAAAGAACGAUAGCAAAGUAUGAGGAGGAACUUUGUCCAAAAAAAGAGGAGAAGGAGCGACAACAACUGCUGGAUGUUUAUUAUAAGAAACAUCAUCAAGUUGUGUUACACAGAACAGACGUCUGUAAAGAACAACUUCUGCCUGACAAACCGGAGUGUAGCUUCAGGAUGGUGAAGGAGGAUCCAUCAAAGAAGACCAGGCGCCACGGACCCUCUGGUGUCUCCUUUUCCUCUUUGACACAGAACCUUCCCUUUAAAAAGGAAGAGGAAGAGGAGGAACACAACAUCAGUCAGGAGGGAGAGCAUAUUGAAGGACUGGUGGAGUUCCAAGUGACUAGUGUCCCUGUGAAGAGUGAAGAUGAUGAGGUCAAAGGUGAAAGUGAGGAGAAGAGAGAGGCGGAGCCUCCAAGCAGCAGCUCAACACAACACAUGACAACAGAAGCUGAUGGAGACCACUGUGGAGGAUCACAAGCAGACAAGCUCUUAGCUCCACUAUCAGAUAGUGAGGACACAACGUCACACUCUCCUGACACUGAUGAUGAAGACUCUAAAGAUGAUAAGACAUGUCACACUGACAACACUCACUUCAAAUGUUCUCACUGUAACAAAACUUUUAAAUACCAUUGUCGUCUGAAAACACACAUGAGAAGACACACUGGAGAAAAACGUUUUAUCUGUUCAAUAUGUGGUAAAGGUUUUGUAGAAAGUCAGAGUUUGAAAAAACAUACACUAUUACACACUGGAGAAAAAUCUUUUAUAUGUUCAAUCUGUAGUAAAGCUUUUGUACAAAGUUGCAAUUUGAAAGUACACAUGAGAACACACACUGGUGAAAAACCUUUUAUCUGUUCAAUCUGUGGUAAAGGUUUUGCACAAAGUUCAUGUUUGGAAAAACACAGAACAAUACACACUGGAGAAAAAUCUUUUAUCUGUUCAAUCUGUAGUAAAGGUUUUGUUCUAAGUAACAAAUUGAAAGCGCACAUGAGAACACACACUGGUGAAAAACUUUUUUCCUGUUCAUUCUGUGGUAAAGGUUUUACAGAAAGUCAGUAUUUAAAGGUACACAUGAGAAUACACACUGGUGAAAAACGUUUUAUCUGUUCAAUCUGUGGUAAAGGUUUUGCACGAAGUUCAUGUUUGGACAAACACAGAACAACACACACUGGAGAGAAAUCUUUUAUCUGUUCAAUCUGUAGUAAACGUUUUGGACAAAGUAACCAUUUGAACGUGCACAUGAGAACACACUCUGGUGAAAAACCUUUUUCCUGUUCAAUCUGUGGUAAAGGUUUUGCAGAAAGUCAACAUUUGAAAAGACACAAGAGAACACACACUGGUGAAAAAUCACAUUCCUGUUCAAUCUGCAACAGAAGCUUUUGUGAACGAUCAAACCUUGUAGCACACAUGAGAACACACACUGGAGAGAAAGUGUUGAGUUGCAGUGUGUGUGGUGAAAGAUUCUCUUAUAAGUACCAGUGUAAGAAACACAAGUGUGCUGGUGAGAACAGCAGCAGCAAAUGAAACUGCAGGAUUUGAAAUAAACUGUCAAGACUUUAAUUUAGACUUUCUAACAACAUCAGCACAUAUAACAUGUGUGACAUUGUUGUUUGUGUAACAAUCUUUUUAAUAUGCUUCUACAUGUAUAGAUUCAAUAUUUUAUAUUAGUCCUUUUUUCAGUCAAGUACAUGCAUUAAUAUGCAACAUUGUGUACUUUUAUUAAACAUUGAACCGAACAAUUUGACUGAAAAGGUGAGAGUAAACGGUACAAGACAUUUUUUACAUACAAUAAAUAUUUCAUGUGUAUAUAUAUUCAUCAUACAAUUUUAGACUUAUUCAUAAUAGUGUUUUAUAUAGGUGUUUGAAAUACUUAAGUGUUACAUAAUGUUAUUUCUAAUUGUUAAUAAUCCCAUAGAUUAGCACCUUUAUAUGAUAUACAUAUGUACUGGUUCACAUCUGAAACAUCUUCUGGACCACUUCAGGAAGCAUAUUAUUAUUUACUUUAUACAUCAUUUGAACAGUUGUCUUCUAUACCAUUUUAAAAUGUGCGACUUAAUGAAUCAUUUGUUGGGUCUCUAUUUAUCCAUUUUAUUAAUUAUCUUUAUUACUCUUUUGUAAUAUGAUGAUUGUGUUGUGAUUGUUUUAUAUGUAUGUCCCCAGACCUUUAUGCAAUAUAAAAAUUAGAUGAAAUGGCUGAAUUGUUUGU